CAGCUAUUCACUUCUGAACUAUGUAUGUUGUGAGAAUCAGAUUAUUAUGUUCCCGUUGAUAUGAGUUUCAUCACCUUCUCGCUCAAUUUGGGCAUUGUUCUGUUAGCAAUCGUACCGGCAGAAAGGCUGUGGUGCAACGGAGCUAAUGAGGUAUCGUACACCUUCAGGUACGCCAUCGACGAGUCGAGGGUCGUGACGCAACACUGGGAGGAGAGGAGGGCGGAUAUCGUCCAUGGGUCGUACAGUUUUCUGGAGCCGGACGGGAAAGUGAGGGUGGUGGAGUACCAGGUUAAUGGGAAGAAGGGGUUCAGGGCUGCGGUGACGUUCAGGAAGCCGCCAGGUUUGCCCCUCAUCGGCCACCUCAAGUACCCCAAGCACUACCGCCACCCCAUCCCCCUGGUCAAGCCCGUGGCCUUCAUCACCGCCGACCUCUUCAAGCUCCACCACGUCUACCCCAACCUGCCGGAAUGACCCAAAGACUGAACCGUCAAUGUCCUAAUUUCUGUACAAAGCGAGAAAUAAAUAAAAAUUAAUUAAAUAAAGAGUAAAACGGCAGUUGCGUCAUUUGCGUGGGAGUCGACGACAAGUUUAUGCAGACGGGCUAAUUACAAGCGUGGCCUUUGCACAACCGGCGAAACGUUCGGGUUUAUUUUCUAAUUAGAUAUUAACCUUUCGGUUUAAAACUCUUUAACGACUAUUAGAUAGAGCAAAUAUUAAAACAUAAUUUGGGCUCGAGGCGGUGUGUUAAAACUAUUAGAGGAAGAAGACGAAGAAGAAGAAAUGGGUGAAGAAGUUGCGUCACGUUUUAAACGUUUGUGGUGUGGGUGUCCAAAUGACAAAUUUUAUGCAGACAGGUUAAUUGGAGGUGUCCGUUGUGCCUGUGACCUUUGCACAUGGAACGCCUAUGCGAAGCUGGAGUUUGAUUGAUGGGCUAUUGUACGCCACUGGGCGACCUUGAUAUGGACUACUGAAAGCGGGGCCGCGCCUGGCCAGGAUAUUGUUUGGCCGAAGUCUAGUUUGGGAGACAGAAUGAAUUAUUUAUGAAUGGAUAAUUGAAUUUUUGGUUGCAGAUUUGGGUGGGCGGCUGUGUUUUAGAUAUCUGUGUUGUCGAUUUUAUUAGAGCAAUAAAAAUAUUGAUAGGGCGAUUGUUUAUGGUUCGGUUGUGUUUUAUGAUGGAAAUGGUUAAUGAGGUGGCGGUUUUGGCUCCAGAAGGUUGUAAAAUUAAUAAAGUUGUACUCUUUGUUUCUGUUUUUUUGAUUAUUCAUUUAAUAGGGUUCGUA